GGCUCAAAAUCCAUCUAUGAACGCUUAAAAAAUAUCAAUCCUCGAAAAACCCUCGGGACAGUUCUUGUACUGUGCGGUUGGAAGCUCUACUUCAACAUGUAUCAUCCGAUGCAUACACUGCCGGGUAAAAAGAAUUUCUUGGGAUUCGACGAUGACGGUGAUGAUGCUAGUAGCGAUGAUUCAGAUGUGGAUAAAGCCUCGAAGGAAGAGAUUCAGGCACUGCGAAGAGGCCAGCGAAACCUGAAACUGGAAGAUGUACUGAACGGCCUUCCGAAUUGGCUGGACCGGUUGAUCGAGGGAUCGAUUAGGCGGUACUACAUACCCGAAUGGCCUGAAAAUCUUCGAUGA